GAGUUGAGGCGUUGUGGGCGGAAGAGUUAGGAAUACGGGUGGUGGGAGAAAUUAACACCAGGCGUGGCGUAAAUACUUCCGCCUUUCUCAAAGGACCACAAAAAUGACGGCGACUUUGCGUCCCUACUUGAACGCCGUGCGUGCUACCCUGCAGGCGGCCCUAUGUCUGGAGAACUUCUCCUCUCAGGUGGUGGAGCGGCACAACAAGCCGGAGGUGGAGGUCAGGAGUAGCAAAGAGUUGCUGCUGCAGCCGGUGGUGAUCAGCCGCAAUGAUAAGGAGAAAGUCCUGAUCGAGGGGUCCAUCAACUCGGUGCGAGUCAGCAUCGCCGUCAAACAGGCGGACGAGAUCGAGAAGAUCCUGUGCCACAAGUUCAUGCGCUUCAUGAUGAUGAGAGCAGAGAACUUUUUCAUUCUGAGAAGGAAACCUGUGGAGGGCUACGACAUCAGCUUCCUCAUCACCAACUUCCACACGGAACAGAUGUACAAGCACAAGCUGGUGGACUUCGUCAUCCAUUUCAUGGAGGAAAUCGACAAAGAGAUUAGCGAGAUGAAGCUGGCCGUCAACGCACGCGCUCGCAUCGUCGCCGAGGAAUUCCUCAAAAACUUUUGAGGAUCUGUCACUGCGCUCUUUAUGGAGUCCCCCGUAGAGAGGCGCAUCGCAGGCUUUUAAAAUCUCAGCAGGAGCUCAUCGUCAGCGAACCAACCGUCAAAAAAAAAAAACAAGUAAAAAAGAAACGGCCGACCGAACGAACGAUCCUGCGAUGUCGUACGCAGCGUCCCCUACUCCCUUUUUACGCCUUCCGUCUUCUGUUCAAUGUGCUUCUUGUUCCCAUGGAUAUUGAUCGUUGAACAUCUGAAUGUUUUAAAAGAUUACCCCCAUUUUCUGAGGAAACAAAUGACUCAAGGUCAAGGCAGGUCCUUUAAAAGUGUUAAGUCGAAUAUUCGUUACUAUUGAUGGGCGCAGGAAAUACCAACAUCUACAGUGGCUCGUGUUCUCUGUUUUUGUCUUUUCUAUAUUCCAUGUGUUUUUGUUUUGUUUUUGUUUUUUUAUUAAGGAAAAAAAGAAUGGGUGGCAUCGUGACAGGAAAAAAAAAAUGGGUGUUUAUAUUUUGACAGCCUCUGAUGAUAAAUCCAGGUGAAUAGUAAAGUAAUGACCGCAAUUGCAAAAAAAAAAAUAAUGAUGAUGAUGAUUAUAAUAAUAAUAAAAUGUAAAACUGAUGGUGGUGAUAAAACCAAUAAAGAUAUAUUGCGCUUUGUGUA